UUCUGAUCAGUUUAUAAGAAAUUUGGGCAGAAUUUUUAUAAACAUUUAAGCUUUAAAAUGAAUCCGAUUCCAUAUAAUUUAUCAAACUCUCAAAGAAAUGAGACUGAUGCCCAAGAUCAGCGCAUUAAUUAUUUGCUUUCCCAAUCUCCUGCAGAAGAUAUUGACAUGAUAGUGAUAAAAUCAAUAAAAACAGAAGGGAAUCUACCAUUUUUUGUUGAAAAUUCGGAAGAAUGAUUAAAUUUCAUUGAAGAAAUACAACAAGAGCUCAAUCAACUCCAAUUUCCUUUAGGAUAUAUUUCCUCUCUCAACCUUGGUUGGGAGUUAACUACUGGCUCUCAGACUAUAACAAAUUUUCAGAGAAUAGCUUCAAUUCAUAUUGAACUAGAGUCUCAAGUUAUGUUCAUUGAUACUGGAAACAGAGCACAUGAAGAAAUAAUUAAUGAAAGCCUUUAUUCCUUGAGAGAGAAGAUCAUGAAAAUAUUCACCCUUAGGUUUGAAGAUCCUUUGAAUUUUCAAUGCAUGAGAGAAUUCGCUGGCUCAAAAUUACUAUCACUCGUGAACUAGUCCAUACACCCAUUACUUGAUUUAUUUAACCAAA